AUGGAGAAGUGGUGUGCUGCUGUCGGGCAUGCCGGACCUGAGUCAAGCAUUCGCUCAUACCUAGUGCUGGACGACAGAACGGAAGCUGCAACGGCUCAAGCUCCGCGAGACUCGCAACAUGACUUUUGGAUAGCCGCGCUUUUGUAUGCCGUUGCGUGUAUACUGUUGUUGACCAGAUGCACGGUCACACAUCGCUUGUCACGCCGCGGGCACUGCUUGUUGGGCUACGAUCCAUUUCAACAAGCUACUAGAACUUUUUGUGGAUAUGUCUUUUGCUCGUCAUGUCUGGAAAAACGCGAGCAAUAUCAGCGUGUUCAGGAGCAGGAGCAAGACGAGGAUGAUGAAGAUUGGACCGAUGACGAACGCGUCUUAUUUGCCUUUGUGAACGAAAUCCAUGCCUUCGCCUUGGACUGGAGCGGAGAAUCUGAUGAGCAUUAUGACGACUUCAACGAGAGCGCUGAGGAUGAAGACGCCCGUGAAGACGAGGAAAAUCGUUCGGGCGAGGGUGACGAUGUGGGACAUUCGAUACUUGCAGCUGCAUCUCGCUGUAAUGGAGCAAAGCUAGUCCUUCUGAACGCAGGAUGCCAUUGUUAUGGGAUACAAUCCAUUCUCUCAAUCUGCCUAUCGAGAGUGCACACCGCUGAAGAUAUAAAUCCUUGCACCUUCGCGUUCGAGUUUCGGAUCUUCUUCCUACACAGCAUAGAAACACAUUCAGUUACAUCGAUUGAUUACAUCCAAGUCAUCAGUCGACCUUUGUUACAACCAAAUCUUCAAGCAACGCAACAUCCCAGCACUCACACCGACCCAACUAACAGUAUGGCCGCUGACCUUCCCCCCAAGGAGGUUUUCCUCACGCUAAUCACCCUGAACAUCGACCCUCACUAUCAUGAUGAGUGCCCGGUGUGCAUGGAAGACACAAAGCAGGCGACAAGCACCGCAUGCAAUCACACUUUCUGCUGGGAAUGCAUAGGCGGCUGGGCCCAGACGCACGAUACAUGUCCUAUGUGUCGGGCGAAGCUCUGGCAAGACCAUAACGUCCCAAUUGCUCCUCUUCCCGCCCAAGCACCGGCACCGGUCCCAGCUCCAGCUGCAAUAGUCGCUCCCGCACCAGAGCCUGCUCCUGCACCAGCUGUAAUAGUUGCUCCCGCACCACCGCCCCCUCCUGCCGCCCAGCACGAAGUCAUCGUCAUAGACGAUGAUGAAGAUGAGCUGUGGCCAGAAGACGAAGAUCCACACGACGACGAUCCGAAUGAUGGCGACUACAUUCCCUAA